AUGAGCAGCGAAGAUCUAUUGGCAAAAUUCGACGAAUUGGUGAAGCGAUUCAAAGAGGAAUUCAACGAAAUUAUCCAAGGCGAGCGAGUAAAAAUGAAGGCGGAAGUCGAACAGUACAACGCCGAGAAACAACGAAUGAAACCGUUCGAAGAUAGCGACGAUGAUAUAAUACAUCUAAAUGUGGGUGGACAAAAAUUCACGAGCACAAGAUCUACUUUGUGUCAAGUAGAAGGUUCCUUACUUGCCAUCAUGUUCAGUGGCAGGUGGGAGCGUGGUCUCAAGCGUGAUCAAGAUGGCGCCGUAUUCUUUGACGUCAACCCACAAUAUUUUUGUUAUAUUUUGGAUUACCUUCGUAUGAAGAAAAUUGCGUCGCCAGAGAACCCUGCAGAAUUGCCAAAAGUUCCAAGAGAUCAAGUAAAAAAUUUCAACACUCUUGUCGAGUAUCUCGGCUUGAGUGAUGAAAUCGUAGUGCCUGCCGAAGAGACUGUUGGGACUGUUGGAAUCGUCCCCACUGAAAUUGGGCGAAGCGAGAAAUUUAAUUUACAUGUUCCUGGAAUUACUCUUCAGGAAGCCGAGAAAGUGGCAGUUCACGGUCCAAAUGGAGGGCAUCAAUAUGUUCUUGGUCAAAAUAGAUACCAACAAGGGACAGUGCAUCUCAAACUGAAGUUGGAAUCAUUUCAAAAUAAUAAUUGGAUGUUUGUUGGCGUGAUGAAAGGGGAUGCUCUACAACAAAUUGAACAAAAUAACUACCGUUCACAUCAAUGGCCUGGUUCGCAUGGCUGGGCACUCGGGAGAACUGGUCAAGUAUGGAAAGAAGGGGCAAAAACAUAUGACAAUACUUUAAAAAAUCUCACCACGGCAGGUGACACAGUUGAGUUAGUCUUGGAUUGCGAUGCAGCCAAGCUGUCACUUCAUUUGCCAACUGGUCAACAAUUUCACAUUGAUUUACCAAGGUCCCAAACCUGGAGACUGAAUGUAAAUAUGCUUUAUGCGAUUGACAAAAUACACAUUAUCGAAUAA